CCAGGAAAUAAUGUCCUUUAGAAAGGCUUAGUUCUCCGUCGACGGUGGUAAGGAAGUCGUGCAACACUCUUGCCAGUGUUCCCGACUCCAUUUCCGCUGCGACGUAUCCACAUCCGUCAAUCUCGCGAUACUGUGGCUCGCAAGCGGAGGCGAGGAGCCUGACAGCCGAUACCGCUCCGAUAAGUGGUCGUCACGUGGCAUACGUUUGUAAUCAGCUGAUCGGUAAAAACUACGUCAGUGUGGCCAGAUACGAGCGCAAGCAUGGAGAGGGUACCACACAUGCGCAAACACGUAAGAUAAACGUGCGAGACAGAGUAAGCAUCAUUCCUUAGAUUCUUUCUCUCUCAGCUCGAAGCCAGUUUUAGCCAAGUCUCAAACCAUUUGGCUUGUUUCCAACCAAUUGAUUUAUUUACGUUCGUCAGAAGUAAGGUUAAAAGGUGCAAGUUUACAUAAUCGUACAAGUAAAUAUUUCAAAGGAUAAAUUAUGAAUGGCAAUGUGAUUUUGCAUUAUUUCCAAUUUUCAACAUAUAUUUAUGUUAAUUAUUUAUAUUGUGUACAUAAUUGUCGCACGGUUUUGUGUAGAUGAUAAAAAGUGGAAUGUCAAAGCACACGAAACAGUAAUUUUUGUGUUAUAGAUUGAAUCUAACAAUAUUGUUACAAGUACAAGAUGCAUUGCAUAUGUAAAAUAAUAAAUAUUGCACAGCAGAAUUUACAAGUGUGCAACAAAGUUACUACAAUUUAUAAAAGAUCGGGAAUAUUGUUACAAAAUAUUGCUUGUCGCUUCAGUCAUGAUUCUGAGAAAUCUAUGACUGAAGAAGAUGAAAGAGAUCAAGAGUACACAAAGAUUUCUAGUCGUUAUCUAGGCAUUGCAGCAGGAGGACAUAGAACAUUUAUUUUACAACCAUAUAUAAAGUGGGGUAAAGACAAGAAGAGAAACACUUCGCCAGAGCUACAAAUGGCUGAAGCUGUAGCACUCAUAAACACUUUACCCAACUGGUGCGUAGUUGGAACAAAGUAUGCUCCAUUACUUACAUUGCAGAAGCAACAUUUGGUGGGUACUGGUGCAAUGCAAGAUCUGAAGAAAGAAUUAAGCAGAUGUCAAAACCCCACUGCCAUAUUUAUCAGUACUAAUAUGUUGAAAUUUGUUCAAAUCACUGAAUUGGAAAAAAUUCUUGGCUUACCGGUAUAUGAUCGUUACUCCAUAGUUAUUCACAUAUUCCGUAAGCAUGCAAAAAGCUCGGAAGCAAAACUACAAGUGGCCUUAGCAGAAAUACCAUAUAUCCGAAAGAAAGUCUUCGAAACGUGCAUUAAUCGCAGUGGAGCAAUAAACUUGACGGAAAAGACAAAAAUGUUGCUCGAUAAUAAAGAGAAGAAAGUGAAGAACGAGUUGAAAAAGUUAAAGCAACAUCGACAACUUAUCAGAAGCCAUCGUAAAAAACUUGGUUUUCCCACAGUUGCUAUAGUUGGUUACACAAAUGCAGGGAAAACUUCCUUAAUAAAGGCACUUACAGACGACAGUUCUCUGCAACCUAGAAAUAAAUUAUUUGCCACUCUUGACACCACUGCUCAUGAAGGAAUUUUACCCAGCAGAUUAAAAAUAUUGUACAUGGAUACUAUUGGAUUUAUUCAAGACGUACCAGAAACUCUAAUUGAACCAUUUAUUGUAACUCUAGAGGAUGCUUUAAUUGCUGAUGUGAUAAUUCAUAUAUACGACGUCAGUCAUCCUGAUAUGAAAGCGCAGUAUCAACACGUCCAACAGACAAUAAAACCCAUGAUAGAUCAGGCUCGUCCGAUAAUUGAUGUAGCCAAUAAAUGCGAUCUCGUUGAAAAUGAAUGCAUACCUAAAGAUUCGAUUGCCGUUUCUGCUACAAAUCUCUCAGGAAUUGAUUUCUUGCGCAUGAAAAUAGAAGAGAUACUGUUGGCCAGCACUGGACUGUUACGCACACGCAUAAGAGUAGAAUCGGGUAGUCCUGCAGCUAGCUGGUUGUACAAAAUGACAACAGUGACGAACGCUCAGUCAGAUCCAAAUAAUGCUCAAUAUUUAAUUCUAGAAGUGCUUGCUACUUCGCUCGAUAUUCAAAAAUUCAAAAAAUUUUUAAGACAAUGAAAUAAAGUUAUAUACUACGUUUUA